AUGAAGGUUGACGAGCUCGUCGCCGUCUCAACCUCCCUAGGAGGGGAUUUCAAGUCCAUCGAACCCCACCUCGUCCGACUUGAGAAACAUCUUACCUUACGAACAUAUCUCGCCGGAUACACACUAAGCGAGAUUGAUUCCAAGAUUUGGAUCGCCAUAAAGAGCAAUCGUGUUGCCGUAUCUUUCGUUCGCAAAGGAUCUUACGCAAACCUCUACCGAUGGUUUACAUAUAUCGAACAAGCUCACCCGGAGAUUCAAACUGAAGUCAAGGCUGCCGACUCGGCGCGUAAGGCCAAGGUCCAAGCAGCUAGUCGAGCCGGAGCAAGUUACAACUUAGCCCUACAGGAGACCGACAAGGGUGUUGUUACUCGUUUCCUACCAGAGCCAUCGGGAUACCUUCAUAUUGGACACGCCAAAGCCGCCCUACUCAGCGAUUACUUUGCCCACCAAGCCUACGACGGUAAGCUUCGACUUCGACUCGACGAUACCAACCCUAGCAAGGAGAAAGAGGAAUACCAGGAUGCCAUCAUUGAGGAUCUUGCUCUUAUGGGAAUCAAACCCGACGUUGUUACGUAUACCUCCGACUACUUCGACCACCUUUACGAUACCUGCCUUUCUCUCAUCAAGAGUGCCAACGCAUAUGCCGAUGACACGGACGUAGAAACAAUGCGCGAUGAGAGAGGAAAAGGAAUUGCAUCCAAGAGACGAGAUCGUACUGUUGAGGAGAAUUUGCGAAUAUUCGACGAGAUGAAGAAUGGUACCGAGGAGGGGUUGAAGAACUGCAUUCGUGCCAAGAUUUCCGUCGACAACCCAAACAAGGCCAUGCGCGAUCCCGUCAUCUACCGAUGCAACCCUAAUGACCCUCACCACCGAACCGGCACUAAAUGGAAAAUGUACCCGACCUAUGACCUUGCAUGCCCUGUCGUCGAUAGCUUAGAGGGUGUUACACAUGCUCUGAGGUCAACUGAGUAUACCGAUCGUAACCCUCAAUUCCAAUGGUUCCUUGACACACUCAAACUGCGUCAAGUUUACAUGUGGGAUUUUGCUCGUAUGAACUUCAUUCGAACAUUCCUGUCUAAGCGUAAGCUAGCAAAACUCGUUGAUACCGGUCGAGUUUGGGGUUGGGAUGACCCACGGAUGCCUACAAUCCGGGGUAUCAGAAGACGAGGCAUGACUAUUCCCGCGCUUCGUGAUUUCAUUUUAAAGCAGGGUCCAUCCAGAAAUGUUGUAUCUAUGGAUUGGGCUAGUUUCUGGGCCACGAACAAGAAGGAAAUUGACCCAGUUGCACCACGACACACCGCCAUUCUUAAGAAAGACCACGUCAAAGUAGCCAUCAUGGGAGAUGAGGCACCGUCAGAGCCACGUACCGAGGAGAAGCCCCUCCACCCCAAGAAUCCCUCCAUUGGAACGAAGAAAGUGGCUUUCAGUAAGGAACUAAUAUUAGAUCAGGCCGAUGCCAAGUCAUUCAAGGAUGGUGAGGAGAUUACUCUGAUGCAAUGGGGCAAUGCUUUUGUGAGAGCUGUUGCAAGCGGUGACCCUAUCACUAGCAUCACUUGCGAGUUGAACGUGAAAGGAGAUGUCCGUUCUACAGACAAGAAAGUUACUUGGCUCUCGACGCAAGGACAAACGCUUGUUGACGCGGAACUUUGGGACUUCGACUACCUAAUCACCAAGGAUAAACUCGAGGAGGAGGAUGACUUGGAGAAAUUCCUAAACCCUGUAACGGCCACGUUGGAGGAAGCGUUUUGUGAUGAGGGUGUAACCAAACUCAAGAAGGACGACAUCAUCCAGCUUGAACGAAGAGGGUACUACCGUGUAGACAAAGGAUACAAUGAUGAUGACGACAAGAAGGUUGUCUUGUUCUGUAUUCCCACUGGUAAAAACAAAUAGAUAAAAUGUUACGUGAGACCUGAAGGGAUCUUAACAAUUGGAGGAUAAUACAAAAAGUUCUUGCUAAUAGACUCAGUUAAAACAUGGCUGCCACAUUUGUGCCUAAACAUAUCGUUACGAGACAAGCCACAUUACGAGCUCGAAUGCUUUUCUUCAGAUCAAUAGGAGCAGUACCGUCAACCAGGAUUACUCGAAUUUUCAUGUUGAUCAUGAUCAUGAUCUUAAUACCGCUAGUACUUACCUUAUAUGGAAAUUAUGAGGAUCUUGUAUUAUACAGCAGUCUCUCAUGUUCCUGAUUCCAACAUUUUGUUUCCCUAAAAAACGAAUCACGAGUAAUGUAGCAUUAUAAUUCAGCCCAAGUUC